AUGGCCCCCAUCAAGAAGCGCACAACAGCACGCGCAAAGUCGGCCCGUGCAGCGCGCCCUGCAACGGCACUUCUGCCCAAGCCCGACGACAUGAUGGCUUUCCCCUCGUCCAAGCGCGACAAGCAGAGGAUCAAGCACUCGUCCUUUGUCUCCAAGAUUGAAAAGUCUUCGGCCAAGUCCCAGAAGAGGAGGCGCCCCAACAAUAAGCUCAUUGCAAAUCUCGAGUCGCUUGCCGAUGCGCUUCCUGGCGCACACGAGCAUGGCGACGUCGAGGUUGCCCAGGCGCGCAUUGUGCAGCCAAAGCAGAAGAUGGAGAGCAUGAAGAGGACAAAGGGCGCCAAAAAGAGAAAGGAAAAGCUGGAGAAGCUGGAAAAGGAACGCUUCAACGCAAACCUGGCCCAGCUGACGGCUGCGAGUGCGAAUGGGCCAAAGGGCGCCCACGCGGUCCAGGAUCGAUGGGCUGCAUUGAAGAGCCACGUGCAGACCAACAUGGAGGUCAGGCCUGAGUUUGCGCAGCAAUGA